UUUAUAAAUUCAUCAAAAACAAUCUCUUUUUAACUAUAUAACAACAACAACAAUAAUGGCCUCUAUGACGACCAAUUUUGUUGUUGUUGUUGUCACCAUGUUCGUCGCAGCCGUGGCCAUUGCGGAAUGUGAGAUGCUUCAAGAUGUUUGUGUUGCUGAUUUGUCCAAUGCGGUCAAGGUCAAUGGAUACACUUGCAAGGACUCAACACAAAUGACACCGGAAGACUUCUACUUUCAAGGCUUAGCCUCCGCUGCUGCCACUAACACCUCUACCGGCUCAGUCGUGACCGGAGCCAACGUAGAAAAGCUACCAGGACUCAACACCCUCGGCCUCUCCAUGUCUCGCAUCGAUUACGCCCCAAACGGCCUAAACCCACCUCAUGUCCACCCACGAGCCUCCGAGAUCAUUUUCGUCCUUGAAGGUCAGCUCUACGUCGGCUUCGUAACAACCGCCGGAAAACUUAUGGCCAAACACAUUAACAAAGGAGAUAUUUUCGUCUUCCCCAAGGGACUCCUCCAUUUCCAAAAGAACGUUGCCAACACUCCAGCAUCUGUAAUCGCAGCCUUCGAUAGCCAAUUGCCCGGAACACAAUCACUUGUCGCCUCUCUCUUUGGAGCUCUUCCCGAUGACAUCCUCGUUAAGUCAUUCCAGCUCAAACCCAAACAGGUUCAGAGGAUCAAAUCCAGAUACCAAGCCAAGAAAUGAGUUUGUUUUUGGUCUCAAAAUGUAAACACUAAGCAAAGACGAAUGAAUGGAGAUAAAGUUUGCAACUUUAAACUAUAAUGAGAUGAAAAAUUAAGCAAAGAACUGAUAAAAAGCUCUGUUUUUCAUUGUCUUAAA